ACAGGAUACGUAGAGGGAAAACUCAAGAUGAGAGGCCUGGUGAUCUACGCGUGGUUGCUAACGGGUUUAUUUUACUUUUCCGAAGGCAAGCCCUGCCCUGAAAAGACACGCCCCCACAAGACACGCUGCGACGCCUACUACAAGUGUCGGGCAUUGGCCAGCAACUCGCAUGUGUGGGUGCCGGUGAAGUGCCACGAGGGUCUGGUGUACGAGACGAGUCUGGGCGGCUGUGUGCUGCCCGGCGAUGACUGGGAGUGCAUCACACCCAGUGAGCUGAACAGCUCGACGCCUGCCAGCAGUCACAGUCAGCAGCAGGAUGCGGAUAUACUAAUUGUAAACGACAUGGAUGAGGCGGGUCUGCUGCUGCGGGAGCCAUCGCCUCAUCACGGCCAGCACCAUGAUGAUGGCACUGUGGAAAUAGUCCUGGACUCAACGCUCAGCAGUGAGGAGCAUGAGGAGCAGGAGCAGCAGGAGGAGGAGGGCCACGACCAGCAGAGUUCCAUACAAAGUGACGAGGGGGAGAGCUCAUCGCUGCACCACUUCGACUCCAGCGGCGAUGGCGAGCUCAUGGAAGUGGACAGCCCACCACCACCGCCGCCCGAGAUUGAAAAUCGCGAGGACGAAUUGGAAUUAAAGCACGAGCAUCGCACGCCGGAUAACCAGGAUAUGGAGCAGCUGGGGGAUGUGCAGCACCGACCGGCUGUGGAGCAGCUGGAGGCGGAGAUAAAGCAGGCGGCGGGUGUGAGUGAACUGGCCAAGCCGGGCUCCCACAUCCAUCCCCAGCUGACGGCCCAUCUGCAGCGGCUCUCCCAACUGAUCGAUGGCCUGCAGCAGAAGUACCAGAAGACGGACAAGCCGCAGGCGGAUAUGCGACCGGAUCAGCUGAAUGCCUUUCUGGCGCACUUUGACAUCAAGAACCGAUACGAGAUGAUGAACCCCAUGGAGGCCACCACCGCCACAGCCACCAGCACAACGACCCCAGAGCCAUCCACAUACAGCAGCAGCAGCAGCACCACGAAGCUGCCACCCCAAGCGAAUACGAACAAGACGCGCCUGCAGGAGCAUCUGUCCAAGCAUCGCCUGGAGCCGGAGACAAAGCUUAUACUCAGCAAUGCGCUGCCCUUCUCGGGGGGCACGGGUCAGGGGUAUGCCAACUCGCAGAUUGUGGUCAAUCGUCCGGAGGGUUCGGUGAUGUUUGCCCUGCCGCCGCCCCAGUAUGGCAUGAGCCAGGAGCAGAUGGGCCCCGCCUAUAGCCCACAGCAGGGUCACUCGCCGGGUCACUCCCAGAGUCACGAAUAUGGCGAUCAUGAGCCGAAAAUAUCCGAGGAUACGCUCAAGACAGUGCUGGAGCUAUCCAAGCAAAUGAUUGCCGCUCAGAAUGUGCCCAAGGUGCUGCCGAAUCCGGGAUUCAAUGGCUACUAUGCUCAGCCCAUACUGCAGCCGGUGUACCUGUCGGCACACGGCAAUCCCUUCCAGCAGUACUAUGCCCCGCAGCCGAUGAUGCCCAGCCACUAUAUGCACCACAAGAAGCACUCGUCGGGCGGCAGUUCCAGCGGAAAUGGCGGCUACAACAAGCCCAGCACCACCAUCAUACACAACAAUGUGAUUCCCGUGCAUCUGUCCAGCACCAGCUCCGGCGAGAAGGAAGUUCUGGACACGUACGGCCACAGCUUGGGUGUGUACCCCAGUUUGGAUCAGUCCAAGCAUCAAUCCAAUGACUACAUGACCACAGCCAGGCCCACGCCCACUCUGUCCAGCCAAUAUCCCUCGCCCUUUGCCGCGGAGUACACGCUGACGACGCCGCGACCCUUCCAGGAGCAGCCCUCGGCCGCCACAGUGUCCACCUACUACACGCCCAGUCCACAUCUCAGCGAACAGAAUGUGCAUCGCAUCUUCCAGGCCACCGAAUCGUAUCCCACAGUGAAUAUGCCGCGACCCAUGGACAUGUCCAUGUUCCCGAGCGGCCAUUUGGAGCCGGGACAGGUGGGCAUACGACCCAAUUCGCAGAAAAUCGAAAGCAUGGAGAUGGAUGGGCCCAUGGCUGACGAGAUGAUUAAGGCCAGCAGUUAUGGGAAUGUGAAUGGGAAUGGGAAUGGGAACAGCUCCCCGCACGUACUGACCUACAGCAGCGAUGGAGGAGGCAGCUCUGGAGGCGGCGGCGGCGGCGGCAGCGGCGGCUACGGUGGCAUGAGCCAUCAAUUAGCACCUACGGGCGCAUAUCUAGAUCAGAGCUACAAUCAGCAGCAACAGCAGCAACAGCAGCAGCAGCAUCAUCAUCAUCCGUACAUGCCCCGACCGACAAUGAGCAGCAGCAUGUACAGCGAUGCCGAUGGCAAUAUGGAGCUCAGUAUGUUCAGCAAUCUGAGUCCGUAUACGCCCGAAAAGAUCAAAUAUGGUGCUGGAUCCUCCGGAUCCCCCUCGCCCAACGGGCAGCUGGUCAACUUCAAUGGGAACUUCAUUAGCUUGGAUGUCUUUCAAAAGUCCAUACUGCCACUGAUGACCAAAAACCCAGCGGCAAUGUCGGAUCUGAGCAAUGUGGAGGUAAUCACCUGCCAGACGGGUGUGCGGCAGCCCAAUCAAACGGAUUGCACGCGCUACUUUGUGUGCAGCAAGAAGGAUGGCAAAGUGCUGUCCUACUCGUGUCCACCCUACACGGGCUUCAACAAGCAAACGCGCAUCUGCGAUGCCCAGACCUAUGCCCAGUGUGGCAGUGUGAUGCCUGCUUUCAAUGGCUAUACCAUAGACAACAACAGACGCCUGCAGAUGGAGGCCAUCAAGAUGUUGAGCGAAGCUAAGAGGCGACAGGAGGCGGCACUCAAGGCCCAGAACAUUGCCAGUCUGCUGCAGCAAUACGGAAACACCCAGCAGGGUGGACUUUCAGCGGGGAUCUCCGCCAACAUUGAACAGGACUCCAUGGACAGUGCUUACAUGGUAAACCUGCCCGAUAUGAGUCCUGCCACAACCACAGCCAGACCCAUUAUCAUUCAGGCCAGCAGCAGCAAUUCCAUUGGAUCCUCGGUGGCUGGCUCGGUGUCUGCCAAAAAGCGAAAGUACUACUGCAAGGAGGGCGACAAGAUACCCGAUCAGACAUCGAUCAGCAGCUACUUUGUGUGCUACAAGAACGCCCAGGGCCAGAUGAAGGGCCACAAGAUGACCUGCUCCACGAGCCUGCUCUUCUGCCCCAGGACGCUCAUGUGCACGCUGGCCUCCAAGUGCCAGGACUAG